CCUUUCUUUUCCAAUCUUCCUUCAACUGUACUAGCAUAGCAUCACUUACAAUUCGACAUGGACGACUAUUAAAAAAUAACAAUAACUAAUUUUCAAAAAUAAAAUAAAAUUUCAUUCCAUUGGCUAUUGACAGAGAAAAAUCGGCACUGUAAAUGGAACCUAUUUUUGGCAUGAGAUUCACAAACGAUUGUUUACAUUUUCAUUUUUCCAAAUCUGAGACUCCACCAUUCUUCUUCUCUCUUCUUUCUUUCAUUUUUCCUUUACUCUUACUGCGAUCUUCAUUUCAAUUUUUUUAUUGCUUAGUUUUUUUUUAUCUCAAUCGAUAGUUUUUUUUAGCUAUGGCGUUUGAUCAAAAUUCCGCUCCUACAGAACUGCGAGUAUUGAAUGUGGCUCCGAUAAUGGUGGAGGAGCCUCUCAUUUCUCCGGCAGGCGUCACCACGCCUCCCACUCCUGAUUCCGUUUCCGAUUAUUUCUACCCGACCUCCGCCCCAGCCGGUGCCGCGUCAGCAACUUGGUGCGUUCGCCCCAUUGUGAGUCCUCCUUCUAUUGGGUUAAACUAUGGGAACCGUGUUGUUGCUGGGAAUGCUUUGAAUUUGGGAAGUUGGGUAAGGGCUAGUAAUAGUAAUAAUAAUAAUACUGGUUUGCAUAAUGUUUGUAAUGAUGGUGUACCUGUGAAUGUAAGUGGUUUUUCUUAUGGUGCUCAUGGUGGAACUAGAGUGGCUGAUGAUACCGGGGAUGAUUCGAAUUCUGGGAGGAAAGUUAAAUUUCUGUGUAGUUUUGGUGGGAAGAUAUUGCCUAGGCCUAGUGACGGAAUGUUAAGAUAUGUUGGAGGACAGACAAGGAUAAUUAGUGUUAAGAAAGAUGUGAGUUAUAAUGAUUUGGUGCUAAAGAUGGUAGAUACUUAUGGACAACCUGUGGUUAUUAAGUAUCAGUUACCCGAGGAGGAUCUUGAUGCGUUAGUUUCAGUUGCUUGUCCGGAUGAUGUUGAGAAUAUGAUGGAGGAGUAUGGAAAAUUGGUUGAGAGAUCUCCGGAUGGUUCUGCUAAAUUGAGGGUAUUUUUGUUCCCUCUCUCAGAGGUUGAUCUUUCUGGUGCAGCACAGUCCGGGGAUUUGCAGGAUACGGGACAGAAAUAUUUUGAUGCGGUGAAUGGUUUUAUAGAUGGGUAUGGGGUUUGUUGUGGGUUCAAGAGGAAGGAGAGUAUUACAAGUGCAGCUUCUACACAGAAUUCUGAUUUGAGUGGGAUAGAGAAUAUUGAUAGCCCAGUUGCCGGUCAAGGAGAUUCGGCGUCCUGCGUGUUAUCGCCUAGAGAGUACGUGGCUGCUUCUCCGGAUACAAGUGUGAAUUUGGCGGCUUCUGAGUCCAACACACCAGUUUACCCGGGUGCUUCUUCUAGUGUUCCAUUUGGCAUGCCUGCCGCUAAGACUGGUCCAACAUGCACUUCGUAUACUCAGAAUGAGAUUGAGUUAGAAAAGUCAGCACCGGUUACAUACUCUCAACAACCAUUUGAACUGCACCAAUCUGGAAUGGAAAUUCCACCACCUUCACCUUAUUUGAACCAUGCAGAGUAUGUCCACUUGCCUCCUCAGACGGGGUUCCCAAAUUCUCAGCUAUUAGGAAAGACUGGGCCUGUUUUUGCCCAACACCAGUUUCAUAAUAAUACUACGCCUGGUUUAGCUUUCCGUCAGGUCAUCCCCGGAGCACAAAUGACAAUGACUCAACCUUCUUCUCGCGUUGGUAUAAGACCAAAUGUCAUCCAACCACAACCAUUGGUACAACCUCAACAUAAUCAUUUGAACCAAUACAGUGAUGAAAAUACAUCAGGAAUAAGGAUUGUCCAGCUUCCUGCAGAACACAGCUACAAUACAUAUCAGGUCCCGGUUAAUCAAGUUCCAUCUGUCAUAGUUGGAGGUAAUCGCGGUUGGGUUCAGGUUCCUCCACAAGAGCAUGUUGUUUUCUCUGAUGGGACAUUACCUCAACAAGUAAUAACGCCAGAGAAAAUCAACAGAGUUGAGGAAUGUUCUAUGUGUCAGAAAAAGUUGCCUCAUGCUCAUUCAGAUCCAGUGGUUCCGGAUCAGCACGAUGGCGGUUCAGGCCCAGUUCCUGAUUCAAGCCCAAGUUAUAAUAGUUUUCCAAUGGAUGACAAUGUAAAAGCUCAAGCAACAAAGAGGGUUGCACCUAUGGUGGCAUCACCCUUGAAGGAAGGUGUUGUUGAACAAGGGUUUAGCACAAGACCAAGUGACAUUAGCAAAUUAGAAGUUCAUAAUGGAGUAAGAAAUUGUACUGAUAAUACUGGGAUUUCUUAUAAUUUUGAACCUCAGCAUGAAGGUGGGAGGAAUUUUAUUCAAAAGCCAGAAGAAUUUGACCAUUCCAUGAAUUCAUUUAUCCAGGAAACAAUUGGUAGGACAGAUAGAAAACAUUCUUCUAGGGAUGGGCUUGGGACCAUGGGAACGACACCACCUUCUUAUCCAGAUGAUGUUGUCCGCCAGCAUAUGGCGCCGGUUGAAGCCUGGGUUAAACAAGACGAACACGCGAAUAGACAUGUUAGUAAUGAUAUACCUAUAGUUGAUGAAAUGACUUUACAUACUCCGGAGUGUGUUGCCCAAGGAUCUUCCAAAGAGUACACAAAUGAGCUUACUGGUGUCGUUUCUAAAUCAGAUGCAGUAAAUAAUUGGAUUAGGCAGGGCUAUGUAAGACCUGUUGAUGGAAGGAAUGACAUUCUCAAGAUACACAAUGCUGAUGGUUAUGUAAGUAAUGAUCGAUGUUUACUUCCAGUUGAUAAAUCUUUAGAUUACAAAAGUCAGAUUGCUACAGAGGAAGAGGUGAUUCUGGACAACAACUUUGUCACACCAAAAUUGAUAGUUGAUGCGGAUAAAAUUAAGAUGGUAGGUGUGCAGCCAUCUUCUUCUAAGGAGAUUUUAUACAGGCACAAUUCCAGGACAGGGGAAGACAAUGAUAUUGCACAACCACCUGUGUCGGGUGCUACUCAAUCAAAUAUUGUACACCAUCACAAGAAUGAUUCAACAUCAUCUACAUCAUCACCAUCUUUCAUGUUUUGUGAUAUGCAGGAUUCUCCAAACUCAGUUUUCGGCAAUCAGGAUCCUUGGAGUAUACCACACGGUACCUUCUUUCAAUCUUCCAUACUGAGCCAAGCUAAACUGGAGAAAGAAACCUAUUCUCAUAAAGAUUACUUUUGUGAAAAUCCAGGAACCUACAAGAAAUCUAAUUUGGAUGCACAAUUGGAUGGUGACCUCUUUGAGUCAUUCAAACAGAAUUUAACUUUUGAAAAUGGUUGGUGUGGCAAAGUUUCAACCGAAGACCAACAACUUAAAGUUGUUGCUGAAGAUGUAGCAGCUUCUGUUCUGCACCCAUGUGCUCCUUCAAAUCCUAACUUGCAAGCCGGAGAUGUUUCCUGUCGCAAAAACAUUGAGGACGGUGAUGUUCAAAAUAAUGCAAUAGAUGCAAUGUGUAGAGAUAUAACUCAGGAUGUCAAGAGCAACCCUCCUGAGAAGGGAAAUUUUGGCUUUCCGACAUCGGGUGUUGGGCGUUUGCAGAUUAUAAAGAACUGUGACCUUGAAGAGCUGACAGAGUUGGGUUCUGGUACCUUUGGGACUGUUUAUCAUGGAAAAUGGAGGGGAACCGAUGUUGCAAUCAAGAGAAUAACUGAUCGAUGUUUUGCUGGAAAGCCUUCAGAGCAAGAGCGCAUGAGAGACGACUUCUGGAAUGAGGCAAUCAAGCUUGCUGAUUUGCACCAUCCAAAUGUAGUUGCUUUCUAUGGUGUGGUGCUUGAUGGACCAGGAGAUUCGGUGGCUACAGUAACUGAGUAUAUGGCUAAUGGUUCUCUCAGAACUGCCUUGCAAAAGAAUGAGAGGAAUCUAGACAAGCGCAGGCGUCUUUUGAUUGCAAUGGAUGUGGCCUUUGGAAUGGAAUACCUGCAUGGAAAAAACAUAGUACACUUUGACUUGAAAAGUGACAACUUGCUAGUGAAUCUCCGAGAUCCACACCGCCCAAUAUGCAAGGUUGGUGACUUGGGUCUAUCCAAAGUAAAAUGUCAGACUCUGAUCUCUGGAGGUGUGAGAGGAACUCUACCAUGGAUGGCUCCAGAACUGCUGAAUGGAAGCAGUAGCCUUGUUUCAGAGAAGGUUGAUGUGUUCUCAUUUGGUAUUGCGAUGUGGGAACUCUUAACAGGAGAAGAGCCAUACGCUGAUUUGCACUAUGGUGCUAUUAUAGGUGGUAUUGUGAGCAACACUUUGCGCCCUCCAAUUCCCGAAUCUUGUGACGUGGAAUGGAGUGUGUUGAUGGAGAGAUGUUGGUCCUCAGAGCCAUCAGAGAGGCCCACCUUCACUGACAUAGCUGAUGAAUUACGUUCUAUGGCAAGCAAACGCCAGAAUCAACAGCUACAACCCUCUCCUUUGUCCACACAAGUCAACAAAUGAUUUCUAUUAUGUUUAUCGUAGACCCCAAUAGCAGCAAAACAGGACGAAAAAUCGCUCCAGAGAUGCAGUUUUCUCACCCAAGGAAGUUCUUGAUUCAAUGCACUUUUCCACAACUGUACAGCAGGAUGCUUUAACAUCAGAUUUUUGUAUUUGACUCACUAAUGCAUAUCAUUGGGAAGGAAGGUUAAGUUUGUAUAUUGCAAGAUUUCAGAAGAUCAUUACAUGCAAUCUUCCAGGAAAAUCAUGAUAUGUUUCAUUUCUUGUUGGGCAAAAAGUAGAAAGAAACAGAACAUGUUCAUAUUUUGAUAGUAACUUGUUUAAAUGGAUAUCUAAGCAUGCCACGGUUUGGAUCAUGCUUUGUCCCUUCAGGGUGGGCCAGCAUGAAAUUUAAUUCUAAUAUAAAUUAAAAUUAAAAUAUUAAUUAAUUUU